CGGCGCGGCGGGGCGCGGUGUGUGCGGCGGCGGCGGGGCCGCUUCCCCGGGCACGGCAACGGGCAGAGGCGGCGGCGGCGGCCCAGCCGUCCCACUGCAGCCCCAGCCAUGGCCUGCAGCCUGAAGGAUGAGCUGCUGUGCUCCAUCUGCCUCAGCAUCUACCAGGACCCGGUGAGCUUCGGCUGUGAGCACUACUUCUGCCGUCGCUGCAUCACGGAGCACUGGGUGCGCCAGGAGCCUCAGGGCACCCGUGACUGCCCCGAGUGCCGCCGCACCUUCACAGAGCCCACGUUGGCCCCCAGCCUGAAACUGGCCAACAUCGUGGAGCGCUACAGCGCCUUCCCCCUGGAUGCCAUCCUGGGGGCUCAGCGCAGCCCCUUCCCCUGCAAGGACCAUGAGAAGGUGAAGCUCUUCUGCCUCACCGACCGCACCGUUGUCUGCUUCUUCUGCGAUGAGCCGGCUGUGCACGAGCAGCACCAGGUCACCAAUGUGGAUGAUGCCUUCGAUGAGCUGCAGCGGGAGCUGAAGGAGCAGCUGCAGGGUCUGCAGGAGAGCGAGCGAGGCCACACCGAGGCUCUGCACCUCCUCAAGAGGCAGCUGGCUGACACCAAGUCCUCAGCCAAAAGCCUGAGGGCCACCAUCGCGGAGGCCUUCGAGCGGCUGCACCGUCUGCUGCGGGAACGGCAGAAGGCGAUGCUGGAGGAGCUGGAGGCCGACACAGCGCGGACGCUGACCGACAUCGAGCAGAAGAUCCAGCGCUACAGCCAGCAGCUGCGCAAGGUGCAGGAGGGCAGCCAGAUCCUGCAGGAGCGUCUGGCUGAGGCCGACAAACAUGCCUUCCUGGCUGGUGUUGCAUCUCUGUCUGAGAGGUUGAAGGGGAAGAUCCAUGAGACCAACCUGACCUACGAGGACUUCCCCACCUCCAAGUACAUGGGGCCGCUGCAGUACACCAUCUGGAAGUCGCUCUUCCAGGACAUCCACCCCGUGCCCGCUGCAUUGACGCUGGACCCCGGCACGGCCCACCAGCGCCUCAUCCUCUCUGACGACUGCACCAUCGUGGCCUACGGCAACCUGCACCCGCAGCCGCUGCAGGACUCGCCGCGCCGCUUUGACGUGGAGGUGUCGGUGCUGGGCACGCAGGCGUUCGGCGGCGGAGUGCACUACUGGGAGGUGGUGGUGUCCGAGAAGACGCAGUGGAUGAUCGGGUUGGCACACGAGGCCGUCACCCGCAAGGGCAGCAUCCAGAUCCAGCCCAGUCGGGGCUUCUACUGCAUCGUCAUGCACGACGGGAACCAAUACAGCGCCUGCACCGAGCCCUGGACGCGGCUCAACGUCAAGAGCAAGCUGGAGAAAGUGGGCGUCUUCCUGGACUAUGACAAGGGGCUGCUCAUCUUCUACAAUGCCGACGACAUGUCCUGGCUCUACACCUUCCGGGAGAAGUUCCCGGGGAAGCUGUGCUCCUAUUUCAGCCCCGGGCAGAGCCACGCCAACGGGAAGAACGUGCAACCGCUGCGCAUCAACACUGUGCGCAUCUAGAGGGACCCGCGGGGCGGCAGCGGGACGGGGCCGUGCUGAUGACUUUGGGUAGCGGGCACUGCGCGGCUGGUGUCCCCGUCCUGUGCUUCCACGCGGCCCUAAGGGCCCGGCCCUGCAAUAAAAGGUGCAUUUGGA